GUUCUCUAGAUUUGGAUCAAUGACUGACCACGUCUUGAAACCACUUAGCAGAUCUGAGCAUCACCAGGUUUUUUUGUAGUCUCCCCCAAAAGGUUUUUACCUAUAAGAGAGGGGAGAUAGCAUCUAUGAUAACCUCACAAAUGUCAGAGAGGUGGCAAGUGAGGAGAGAGAGACAGAGAGAGAGAGAGAGAGAGAGAGAGAGAGAAACAGAGGGAGCUACUACAGGAUAUUUUGUCACUAUGGUUACUGGCAGCAGAUAUUAAUCUUGAUUUCUGAAUGUCAAGUUGUUUUCACACCAGAGAGUGGGACUGCUGUGAGUUUGGGCAACUAAUUGGAGCUGAUCAACUUUGGACAAACAUUCAGUGGAUCCAGGUGAUGUUGGUGAAUCUAUAAAGGAGCAUUUUCCAUCUGUGAGUUCUAAAUUGAGCAUGUUAUUCAGGUGGAUAACAUCAUCUGAGAAACAAUGCCACUGCGCUUGCUUUUAUUUCUGGACCAGGAAGCACGUUUCUUCACUGAACUAGAUCAAAAACGAAUAUCCCAGAGAUGCAUGCAGAGUCAUCGUAAAGAUAUUUUCUACUUCCUUUGACUCACUUUUUGCUACAAAUACCAAAGACCUGGGUUUUCUCAUUACCGGUUCCUGAAACUUGCAGAUGGGUUCUGCAUCUGCGCCUGCUAGCAUGGCUGUUAUACCCAACAGCACAACGUGUGACACCCUGUACGACCACCAUAAAUACGCUCGGGUCUUCAUACCUCUUUUCUACUGUGUUGUUUUCUCUGUGGGUUUGCUUGGCAACGGCCUUGCCCUCCACGUCAUCCGUGUCAACCUAAAGAAGAUGAACUCCACCACUUUGUACUCUCUCAACUUGGUUAUCUCUGACAUCCUGUUCACUCUCUGUUUGCCCCUGAGAAUUUUGUAUUAUGCUCAGGGCUUCAACUGGUCUCUGGGCGAGGUUCUCUGUAAGAUCUCAGGCUUAGUCUUCUACAUCAACACCUACGCUGGGGUCAACUUCAUGACCUGCCUCAGUGUGGACCGCUUUAUCGCCGUGGUCUUGCCUCUGCGCUUUGCCAAAUUCAGGAAAGUCACUAAUGUCCGCUACAUCUGUAUUGGUGUCUGGUUGUUGGUUCUGGCGCAGACCCUCCCCCUCCUUGGAAUAGAAUUGACCAAUAAGGAGCCUCAGAACUUCACCACUUGUAUGGAAUACCCCAACUUUGAAAAGGUGCAUAAUAUUGCCACUAUGCUCAUCGGCGCAGUCUUUCUGGGUUUUAUCAUCCCUGUGGUCACCAUACUAGUCUGUUACUCCUUCUUAAUCUCAAAGCUGCACCUCACAGCCAAGAAAAACCACCUAACAGAAAAGUCUGGCCGCAGUCGCAAGGCCAUUGGAGUGAUCUGCUGCGUAUCUGUGGUGUUUGUCAUCUGCUUCAGCCCCUACCACAUCGACAUCCUGCAGUACAUGAUCCGCAAGCUGGUAUCUGACCCUGACUGUGCAGACCUCACGGCUUUUCAGGUGUCACUGCACAUCACGGUCUGUCUGAUGAACUUCAACUCCUGCUUGGAUCCAUUCAUUUACUUUUUCGCCUGUAAGGGAUACAAAAGGAAACUCCUGAAGCUGCUGAAGAGGCAGGUCAGCAUUUCUUUCUCCAGUGCAGUCAGGACGUCACCCGAAGGCUCCUCCAAGGACUUCAUUGAAGGGAAUAAGAUGCAGCCCAACAGCGAGAGACUCAUGGAAAGGAAAUCACAUGAACACGAUCAAAAUUUCGACUCGUUUAUACCCAACUCAUUCACAAAUAAGGAUUCCUCUCACAGAAUCUGAGAUGGUUCUUCAUGAAGUCAUUGACCCCUACUGUACAGCAAGUAUCCUGUUGUGUUUUGUAUCUUUUUAACAUAAAUAAAACAUGGUGUCAUAUUGUAAGAAUUUUUAUAAAUAAUAUCAUCUGGCUAUGUCUCUGUUAUAUUUGAAAAUUGUGUAAAAUAAAAGAAAGUCUUCAUAAAGUGCAAA